AUGGAAACAAAGCUAUUUGAGGAAAAUGACAGUUGGGAGGACAUUAGCAGCAGCAGCAAUCAUGUCAGUUUUUCAUCAGAGAAGAAUGUCAAGCGAAAGAAGGAGAAGAAUCGUAAAAGAAAGCACGAAGAAAUGAAUGAUGAUUCUGAAGCUGGAAAAUGGGUUAGAGCACCGAAAUUUUAUGGAUUAGAAGAAUCAAGUGGACCAGAACAAUUACCAACAAAGUCAAAAAAGAGACGAGAACGAAAAAAACGUAUGAAGGAAGCACUGGAAGCUGAAAAGCAAGUGAUUCCAGAGAAGAAGAAAAAAAAGCAACACAUUGUAGAGCCAGAAACUGCUCAGGAGGAAAUUAGCGAGCCAUUAUCAUACGAAGAACAACUUCGAGAGUCAUUAAAAGGAUCCAGAUUUAGAUUUAUCAAUGAACAGCUAUACUCGAAUCCGUCUGGAGCAGCUAUGGCGAUUUUUGAUGAAGACGAAAGUGCAUUUAAAGCUUACCAUGAAGGCUAUAGACAUCAAGUUUCUCAAUGGCCUAUGAAUCCAUUAGAUCGAUUGAUUAAACAGAUUAACAAAAUGCCCAAAAACUACGUGAUCGUUGAUAUGGGAUGUGGAGAUGCUCGACUUGAGAAAUCUGUUCUUCAGAAAGUCUAUUCUAUUGAUCUUGUGUCUGGUGUUGAUGGAGUUAUUAAGGCAGACAUGUCAAAAGUUCCAAUCGAUUCAAAUAGCAUUAAUGUUGUCACAUACUGCUUAUCGUUAAUGGGAACUAAUCUAAAAGACUUUUUUAUUGAAGCAAAUCGCAUUUUGAAGAUGAAUGGCUUAAUAAAGAUUGCAGAAGUAUCCUCAAGAUUCGAGAAGGUUGGUGCUUUUGUGGACUUUGUACUAAAAUGCGGGUUCGAGCUCGUCAAUAAGGAUAUCACUGAUAAGUUGUUCUUUUUCUUUACGUUUAAAAAGACUCAUGAUGUCAAUAGUUUCAAUAAGAAAAUACCAAACUUUAGUCUUAAGCCAUGUCUUUAUAAGAAGCGUUAA